CGAUCGAGUGUGAUGUACAGCGCAUCGAAGAAAAAAUUAGCCAAAAAUUUGAAAAAUCUGAGAACGUUUCAAUCGUGGAAGAAACUAAAGAGAUCGGUAGUGAAGUACAUCGCGUCGAAAUGGAAAUGAGCGAGCAAUCUGAAAAAUAUGAGAGCGCUUUAAUUGUGGAAAAAACACAAGAGGUCGAUGGUGAUAUACAGCGCGUUGAAGUAGAAAGCAAACAAUCACUAGAAUCUGAGAGCUUGUCUGUGAUGACAGUAAAAAAGUGUGAAUAUGGCUCUUCCACCAAAGAAUCCAAAGAGGUUGAAACGAAUGAGGAAACUUCCGCAAUCGAAACUUCAGUGACCGAAAUCUCUUCAAGUGAAGUUGUAGAGCAUCACUAUGAAGAAUCUCAAGCUCUUGUUCUAACUGAAACUCGAAACAGCUCUGAUACAAAUGCUGUUGCCGCCAUUGGUGAGCAGACUCAGCAAGCUGUAAAAACAGCGGAUUCAGAAGAAGCUAGCGACUCCACGAAAAAGAAAAUAGCAACGGCACCUAGAAGCGGUGGUCGCGUAAGCCGCAGGAGAAGCCCGACGAAGCCUUCGUCAUCACGCCGAAGAAUUUCUCGACCUGAAGAGGGCCACGACAGCGGCGUCGACGAGACAACACAGUCACAGAAUGGCGAGAGUUCGUCACCACCAAAGGGCGGGCGCGCGUCGCCCCGCAAACGACAGCCUCGCUCUGUAGACCCGUCCCCCAUGAAGAGGCUAGGGCAACCCACCGCGGCCUCGGUAGAAAGAAAGAAAGUGCCGAUGAAUAAGGUCGAAGUGGGCAAGUCUGCAAGUCCAAACCUGAAGCAAGUGAAGUCGAAGAUUGGUUCCCUGGACAACACGACCUACAGGCCUGGUGGCGGUAACGUCAAGAUCGAGAGCAAGAAGCUGGACUAUUCGCGAGCGUCCAGUCGCAUCACGGCCAAGAACGAGGAGUACAAGCCCCGCGGUGGCGACAAAAAGAUUGAGUCGCAGAAGCUGAAGUGGAACGCGCAGAGCAAAGUCGGGUCUCUGGAGAACACGUCUCACAAAGCAGGCGGCGGCGCUAAGAAAAUCGAGACCCAAAAACUGAAUUUUAAAGACUCGGCCCAGUCAAAAGUUGGCUCCCGGGACAACAUCAAACACAAGGCGGGGGGCGGCGAUGUCCAGAACCCAAAAAUCCAAGAGCAACGACUUGACUUCAAAGAAAAAGCAAGUAGCAAAGUUGGCAGCUUGAAGAACGUAACCCAUCGGCCAGGUGGUGGUGACAAGAAGAUUUUUGACGACAAAGAAUAUCUUCGGCAGCGAAGUAGCGAGUGUGGUUCGCCUUGUAAAACACCAUCCAGUGUCCCAGGGUCUGUGUGUAGUGCGUCUAGACCAGAGAGCCCCGCUGGAACCAAUCCUACAUCGCAGGCGACCAGCGGCGUGACGUCACCGCAGCCCUCAGAGUCGUAGGCUGGCGCGCCGCCACAAACUCCAGAGACCAGCACGCCUUUUGGACGCGGCCAUCUUGGCCUCAGAUGGCAGCGUGCUCUUCAGCGUGGAUGAUGGCCUCAGAUGGCUGCGUGCUCUUCAGCGUGGAUGAUGGCCUCAGAUGGCUGCGUGCUCUUCAGCGUGGAUGAUGGCCUCAGAUGGCUGCGUGCUCUUCAGCGUGGAUGAUGGUCUCGGAUGGCUGCGUGCUCUUCAGCGUGGAUGAUGGUCUCGGAUGGCUGCGUGCUCUUCAGCGUGGAUGAUGGUCUCAGAUGGCUGCGUGCUCUUCAGCGUGGAUGAUAGUCUCGGAUGGCUGCGUGCUCUUCAGCGUGGAUGAUAGUCUCGGAUGGCUGCGUGCUCUUCAUGGUGGAUGAUAGUCUCAGAUGGCUGCGUGCUUUUCA